AUCCGUUCACACUUAUUUUGCAGUAUUGACAAUUUAAGACCAAAACAAAACAUUAUAAAAACAAACUACUGCAGCUGAUAAAAGCAAUUUAACAUCACUUCUGUGCAAGCUUAUUCACCGAAAUAUGUCUCGGGCAAAGGCUGAUGCAGAUAUAGUUACUCCUACGAAGAAGCUGCGUUUUCGUGGAGAACUAAAUUUUCAUAGUCGCGUUGAUGAAAUUUUCGAUGAUGAACAUAAAAGAAACAGUGGUGCUGGUAGUUCUGCCAAGGGAAUCAACGCAAAACAAAAUGUGGAGAACAAAGAGCACAGGGAAAAAGAAGAAUCACCUUCAUUUAUGGACUUUUUCAAGGUUGAGUUGACCCGAGGAUACAUAUUGGAACACGAUGAGGAACGUUACACAGCGCGUAGACAAAAAAUUUAUUCUUUUAUGCGCAUACCCCGCGAUCUGGAACGUUUUAUUGUUUAUGGUAUAAUGCAAUGUGCUGAUUCGUUCCUAUACAUACACACUUUCCUUCCCGUACGUUUCGUUUUGGCCACAUGGGCACUGUUUUCACGACCCAUUGCCAGUUGCUUAGGAUUACGAAGGCGCAGUCAGCGUUUACUGACACCGGCAGAAAUUUGUGAUCUACUUAAAGGCACAAUAUGGAUUGCCUGUACAUUUUUGAUGCUAUCAGUAGACACAAAUCGUGUAUAUCAUAUAAUUAAAUCCCAAUCGAUUAUUAAACUAUACAUUUUUUACAAUAUGAUUGAAGUUGGCGACCGGUUAUUAUCAGCUUUUGGGCAGGACACUAUUGAUGCACUCUUUUGGACAGCGACCGAACCAAAGAAUUCGAAACGUGAACAUUUUGGACUGUUGACGCACAUUAUCUUUGCACUAAUAUAUGUUUUGCUGCAUAGUUUCCUAAUUAUGUUUCAGGCGACCACCUUAAAUGUGGCUGUAAAUUCAAACAAUAAAGGUUUGCUAACAAUAAUGAUCUCCAACAAUUUCGUCGAGCUUAAAGGAUCAGUGUUUAAGAAAUUUGACAAAAAUAAUCUCUUCCAACUGACGUGUAGUGAUGUACGUGAACGUUUCCAUCUAGCCGUGUUGCUUUUCAUUGUUAUGAUACAAACAAUGAAAGAAUUCGACUGGAGUAUGAGUCAGUUCUGCGUAAUGGUACCCGAUUGCAUUGCUGUGCUAGUGACUGAGGUUCUAAUUGAUUGGAUCAAACACGCUUUCAUUACGCGCUUUAACGAGAUACCAGAGUACAUUUAUCGUGAAUAUACCACCAGCUUAGCUUAUGACAUGACUCAGACACGGCAGAAGCAUGCUUUUUCCGAUCAUUCAGAUUUGGUUGCACGGCGCAUGGGUUUCAUACCGUUUCCACUUGGCGUCGUGUUGAUAAAAGCGAUUUAUUCGGCAGUUUCAUUCAAUAAUGUCGCUGCUUGGGUACUUUUUAGCCUGGCUUACAUAUUCGUGCUGGGUUUGCGCAUUUGCCUGACCAUUUGUGCUUUGGGUAAAGCCUGUAAAUUAAUGAAGGAACAUCAGGACGAGAAAAGCAAUUCGACGCCAAGCUCAGUAACAAAUGCACCACCGAUCGGUGGUAGCGGUGGCGGUGCUAGCGGUAGUAAUAAUGUGAAUAGCGUUAGUACAAUGGCUGGCCUUUCCACCUUAUCCAGUACGCCUAGUAACUCGCGCUCACGCUCGGAUACUGCUGCAUCACCUAUUCAACCGAUUCACCAACUUCAGCGUUCCGUAACGGUAGAUCAAGGUGCAUUUGCACCAACAACGCAUAAUUCAACUUCAACGCCUAAAGUUCUUAAACCAACACAAAAGUCCACCGUACCGCUCAAUCCGAACGAUGUUGAGUUGGACGUGAAGAACUCACUUGAGUUGGGUGCUACAGCGCUAUUCUCUAACAGCGAUGUAGACUUGGAUGAUGUAUGCCUUAAUGAAAAAGUAUUAGAGCCAAAUGCCAACGCUAGUGCUUUUGUCGAGGAGGAACUGGCCCGCAGCGAACCGGAAUUAUCGCUACCACAAGAACUCCACGAUACGUCUUUAAAUGUUAGUAGCACAGCAACAAAGGAUAGCGCUCAACUGGAACCGCCAUGCCGUGUGCCAAAACGUACGCACAAACGGUCCGAGUCCGAGCCGAGCAUGCAGAGCAUUGUGGGCGUGAGCGAGACCGAAUCGCAGGCGUAGUGCUGGCGCAUUUACGAUUCAUUAAUUUAAGCUUUUGAUUUUUGGGUUUUUCCGGUGAUGUCCUAUAUAUUUGGUUUAAGUUUUAACAUUUGUAUGUGUCAAUUUAAGAGUAAAUUAAUUUUGGUUGCUGCUUCGUGUUUGCAGAAAAUUCGUUUUUAACGGUAAGCAAGAAAAAAAGACCUUUAGCAUUUAAAUAAUUAAAAAUCAUUAGUUUAUUUCUUUGUUUAAUUUUUACUUGAACACCGCUUAAGUUAUAUUGUAUGUUUGUACUCGCUUGUAGGUAUGUAUUAAAUACACUCGCAUUAUUGAGAAUGUUUAACGAAAUGCUAGCUUAAUUAUUGGAAUAUUGUGUCUUAAUAUUUGUGAACUAAAAUACCUAUGUAUGCCAUACCUUAAGAGCAGUAAAAUUUUUCAAUAAAUUUAAUAUCAUAAAUAA